AUGAUGCAAGGUCCGCGAAAUCUUCAACCCAGACUCUGCACCACCGGCGGCCCGCCCUUGACGGGGCUCCUACCAGGCCUGCUUGCGGACAUGGAACUGCACCGCGUCAUCCGCGCCAACCCCAAGAUAGUCGUCGGAUACUCUGGCAUUACAGGUCUCCACUGGUUCUUGCACGCUGUUACCGGGCUGCGCACCUUUUACGGACGCGGCGCCAUACCCGAGCUGUGUGAGUCCAGAGCCGCCGAUGAAGAGGAAUACGCCGCCUCGUCGCUUGCCUUUUGCGUCAAGCACCUCUUUCGCGCCAUUACGAACUGCGCGCGUCUUUAG